AUGCACGCUACCCAAACUAUUCUAGCCACUUUCCUGGCUGCCUCUGUUGCUCUUGCUGCGCCCUUCACCCCUACUCCUACCGCCGGUGCCACUUCCACUUCCACUUCCGUUUCCACCACAUCCGCCGACUCCGAUUGGACUAUCCAGGGCCUUGUCCGCGUAUGUACCGACGAUGAUAGCUCGUGUACCUGGACUUUUGGCAUCUUCGAUGGUGCCGAAACCACCGACUGCACCUACAUCGUGAAUGGCCCUGAUGUCAGCGGAGGCCCUACUCAGUGCGGCGACUUCACCAUCACUAGCAACUACGCUGCUGGAACCCCUCCAUGGACUCAAUUCUCCGUUGUCCGAAAUGGGCUGAUUAUCUACCCAUCCUAUGAUGACAACGUCCUUGCCAAUCCUCCGGUUGCCGACUUCACUCAGGCUCCCCAGCCUACUUGGACCCCUUAG